AUGUCUGCGGUCACAGGCUCGCAGCGAGGCACGAAACCCCCCAGGCACAAGAUGUACGUACACCACACCAGCCCAGCAUCCGGCAAGCUGUUUGGUCCUGCGGUUGUUGUGCUGGCAUAUCAAAACACAACACAUAUUCCGUAA